GAAGUGGAGAUGCAGAUAGAAAACACAGUGUACAUUGUCUUGGACGGGAAACAUACAGUAUGAGCUGCAUUUGGGAUCUGCAGCACACACACACACACACACACACACACACACACUGCAGCUCCUCCUGGACACAUAGGAUGUGGCUCUAGCAGAUGACCUGUCACAAGGCAUCAAAUUAGAUGUUGCUACACAGAACCCAGAACAAUGUGAGGGACUUUUUCUAGGAACCUACAAUAAAGUUGGUUCAAUCUGAAGAGUAAUUCAAGCAUUUAUGUGUAACAGAUGAUCCUGCAGGGCUUUCAUUUUGUCCAUUACACUUUCCUGGCAAGGAUCCUGGACCAGGGGGCCUCUAGUCUAUCAGUGUAGCAUAUCAGUCUGUGUUUGAACUUCUGAUUUACUGGGUACAAAUGGCUUGUGAUAUGACACGUGUUACACAAGAAGAAGAAUAUCUACAUAGAAGUCUAAUUUAUUAUAGUACCUGACUUUUUUACAUAAGCUGCAUGCGCCCAGAAUGUGUUGAGUUUCCAAGUACAAGUUACGGCAUCGUUAAUAGCAUUGUUCAACAAAUAUAGUGCAUGAUAAAUUACUGUCUUGUCUGAGCCCUGGUAAAAAGCCAGCUGCUGCUCUCCAGUUAUGUAGCAUGCCUCCCACGCUGCCCUGUCAUGACUCAGUGCUGAGUAGGACAUUAGUGGGUCUCUUCCUAGUAUUGAGCACUGUGUGAGAGGGCCAUUCCUCCUCACUGGCCCUGGACUGAGUUUAGCAUCAUGGAACUGCUGAUAGCAGCUGAAGUCCCAGGAGGUUACGCAGGAGUUCAGCUGAGUUAAUCCACCCACAGGGUGUCCUGUCAGUCAAGAUACAGCGAAACAAAUGUGGGGCCAGAUUUGAGCAGGGUUGUGUUUGUGGAAAACUGGAGAGUGUAUUCAGCUGGGUGGUCCCCACACUCAGCUCCCGCAUCAAAGUAUAGACCAAAAGGGACUCUUCCUUUUGCAUAUACAAGGUUUAGUAUAUGCAAAUUACAGUUUGGCUCUGUGACACAGCCUGAGCACCCCCUGGUGGUCCCAUAAACAGAUGCAACUGACAGGCAUGUACAUUAUGUGAACCUACAUUCUUACACAUACAUAGACAUAUACAACUGUGGUGCAAGAAGUAGGCUGAUAGGUUCUUUAUAUUGGUUAAAGCAGUAAUACCACAAUGUGAAAACACCCCAUUAAUCCAUCAAGUCCUACACUCAAAGUUUUACUUAAGUGUUAUUUAAAGUAACUCAGUAUGUAGCAGAAUGGUGUCUGUACUGUGUUAUCAUAUGCUAUGUUGUUUCUUAAUCAUUACUAAAGAAUUUUCAAGUCAGAAGCAUAGUGUUGUGGCUCAUCAAGGUGGAGCAAACUGUGCAGUUUAAUUUGUACCGGUACAUCAUAUUUUAUAAACUUAGCAUCUAUAUGAAGUUUUUCUGCUCCUGCUAAACUAAAGCUGUGUGCACUGCAGCCACGAAAAAGUUGAUGUUUACAUUGUAAAGUUUGUCUCUGAGAUCAUCAGCAAACCCCAGUGUUUUGUAAUACAACUGGCAUAGUCUGAAAGCAACAAGUCUGGGUCCCUUGUUGUGGUAUUUUAAAAUGGAAUAGAUGGAACUGAUAUCAAGACAACAGAAAUGUAUGGUCCCAGUAAUCAGUCCUGAAGCACACAGCCACAGCAGGUAAAGGUAAUCCAGGUAGGUGGGACAUGGGCAUGGCAGGAGACUUUAAGGUCAGUGUUGUGUGUUAGGGAGAUCAGACAGUUAGUGAGAAGAGCUACAGGGAUGACCCAAGUAAAAGUAGCAGGGGAUCCAGUGAGGAGCAACCAGGACUGUGCAAAGGUUUCCUCUGAUAUGGCUACUGUCAGCUCCAGUGCAGAUAUAGGCGAGACAGUGAUGAAGGGGUCAUUGUGUGAGACCCCCAUGACUGCUGGUCUCAGCAGGCGGAGCAAGGCCUACCCUUCCCCAGCCAGAAGACGCCACCGCACCACCUUCAGCCACAAGCAGCUGGAACAGCUGGAAGUGGCCUUUGGACAAAACCAGUACCCGGACAUCUACUACAGAGAGGAGCUGGCCCGCAUCACCAAGCUCAAUGAGGCUCGCAUUCAGGUUUGGUUUCAGAACAGAAGAGCCAAGCAGCGCAAGCAGGAGCGGGCCUCCCACAAGGUUCUGCCAGUGGGUGUAAUGCCAGGCCACAGGACUCUGCUGGGAGGCAUGCAUGUGCAGCCGUCCAGCGUGGCUCGGCAGUACUACACCCAGCCCCUGACUCAUAUCCCCCGCCUUUCCCCCAUGCUCCCUUCUGGGGCAUACUCGCGCCAUCCAGGCACGGUAAACCAGUGCCCCUGCCCCAAUGUCCCACCAGAGUUGACCUCCCAGCACCCCCAGCCUGACAACUGGUAUGGCCCUCUGAGAAGCAACCUCACCUCACCUAUGUUCUCACUGUCCUCCAUGCAGCCUCUGGACCCCGCCUCCCACUGGAGCUAAGAUGUAACCAGGGAGAUGUUUCAAAAUAAAAUGCAUUCAAACUUUUCCUUGACAUCCGCACCAUGUUACACACACUUCCUGGUGACCUUCCAUUAAUCAUAACCACUACUUGUCCACCCCCAACCCUUCCCCCUAACCUUAUACCAAGUUGUCACCCUAAUAUUUAACAAUUUAUGAGGAAGGCUGAGUCCCCACAAUCUAAAUAUGUAAACAGACUUUGGUUCCCUCAUUGUAAUACCAAGUGCAAACACACGCACAAACAUGCAACAUUGUUUUACUGCUUUUGAGCCAAAAUUGUUUUAAAGUGCUGCAAGUUCUUAACUAUUUUACUGUAAUGUAAAAUGAAGCUGCACGGUUUGAAAACCUUUGCUUUUCAUAAAUGGCAAGAUCCUACACCAUUAUUCACCCCCAAAACGAGAGAGACAACUUUACACAAUGAAGUCUAGGGAUUACAGUUUUAAUGUUUCACACUGCAGACACAACACAGUUGCAUCUGUUAUGCUUGUUUUUUUUGUUUUGUUUUUAUUUUCACACUCAACAACCUGAAUUGAUUGAAGAAUCAAUACUGGAUGGCAAAAAAUAUAGAAUUUAUCUAUAGUAAAUUAUACUUCAGAAGAAAUCACAAAUAGAUUCAAUAAAUGCUGACACACAGUCAGACCUGAAAUGUCUCAUCUAUAUCCAUUUUAAAAGAGCGCUAAUAUGUGAAGCAAGUCUAUUGUGCACAAGUGCUUUACUGGUCAGCUUGGGAAAAACCUGCAGUGGCAGCAGCACCAACCAGUGUGCUUUAAGACAACCUUAUCCAAUGAGAAAACACCUGAAACAUCCAGUAAAGUGAGGAGUUACACUCACUUAAUGACAACAGGUUAAUGUCAAGUGUCUGCUGGCUGACCGAUUACAGCGAGGAUAAUGGUGCUCAUGUUGUUGUCAUGAUCAUUAAAAAGACAACAGCAAAGCUCAAGAUGUGCCACUUCAACCUGCUGCUGGCAACAUUCAGUUCA